AUGAGACUUGGAAAUGAGGAAGUGCUGCUUCACAUGAAAAUGCGGCAGGGAAGUCAUUUAUCUUUGACCUGUGCAGCACUUUGUUUCUGUCUCACUUGCGGGGAGAACACAACGCUCGUGUCGGAAUACAAUCCUGGUUCAAACUUUCCUCUUGAAACUCCCGAGAUGGACUUCGGGGAGGACCUGCGCUGCCCCCGGGCUCACGUAGCUGUGCUGAGGCUGCUGGACUCUGAGCUUCUCAUGAUGGAGGCCAUGAAGAAGUGGAUGUGCCAGAGGGCCAAGAGUAACAGGGAGUUUGCGGUUCAACUGCACCACAUGGCCGUCAUAGUGGACAAGCAGGAGCGGCCUCAGCCUACGGCGGGAAUUGAUCACGUCAGCCAGAUUAACAAGUCCUGGGGGAAUCUUGUGUCUCAGACAGACCUUCUGAGCCAGAUGAUGAGGAGGUGUUCUGAAGAGCUUCUGAACGGACCCAUCAGCAAACUGACGGUGCUCAUUCGAGACAAACAGCAGAUCCGCAAAACCUACGCCGAGCAUUGGAGCGUCCUGAGGCAGGAGCUCAGCAAGGUGACCCAAACAGAGCUGGAGAGGCUGAAGAGCAGCUACAGGCAGUCAGCAAGAGACGCUGCUCAGGCAAAGAGGAAGUUCCAGGAUGCCAUUAAAGAUAAAGAGCGUGAAAAAGCAAAGGAGCGCUACGUCAAGGCCACGAUGAAACUCCACCAAGUACACAAUGAGUAUGUGCUGUCAGUGCGUUCUGCUCAAGUCUACCAGCAGCAGCACCACAUUCACAUCCAGCCGGCCCUGCUGAACGCAUUGCAAGCUUUGCAGGAGGAGAUGGUGCUCAGCAUAAAGGAGAUCCUGCAGGAAUAUUUUGACAUUUCCUCCAUGCUUCAUGGAGAAGUGGUGCACAUCCACCGGGAGAUGUCCACCGCUAUUACAUCUAUCGAUCCUCUCACGGAGUACGAGAGCUUCAUCCAAAAGAACAGGUCAGAUGAGGAGGUUCUUUCAUGUGCGGAAUUCGACUGCAGUCUUUUAGAGACCGCAGAGAACUUGGAUCCUCUCCAAGUCCAGUUGAAUGACUUGACACUGGAGACCAUCCAGCACAAGAAGAACGCAGUGGAGGAGGAGCUGCUGGACCUGAGCUGCUCGCUGAGCUCCCAGCAGGUUUCAGUCGAACAGCUAGAGCUGGAGUUGGAGGAGGAGAGAGGAGUGGUCAAGAAGGGCCAGAGGGUGUACCAGAUGAGCAAGAGACGAUCUCUGGAGGAGUGUCGGCAGCAGGUAGCUCUGUCUCAAGGCAGGAGGGCCAAACUUGAGGUUCAGAGGUUGAUUCUGAAGACCGCGUUGGAGGAGCUGGGUUCCCAAGAGCCGCCCCCUGCUCUGGAGCUGGACAACAACAUGCUUCCUCCUUCAUCCAAUGACCACAACCAGUCAACAUUCAAGCUUUUCGGAAAUGAGAUCAUAAAGAGUUUGUUUCGAGCUAAAAAUGACCUCCAGGAGGUGGAUCGUCCUCUGGAGCAGCAGGACUGGUACCACGGAGCUAUUCCCAGGCUGGAGGUUCAGCAACUACUGCAAUGUAAUGGAGAGUUCUUGGUGAGGAAGAGUCAAGAAAGGCAGGGUUAUGUCCUCUCUGUCCACUGGGAGGGCUCCUGGAAGCAUUUCCUCAUUCAGAACAUAAACAAUGAGUACCGCCUGGACGGGGAGAGCUUCUGCAGCAUCCCGCAUCUGAUCCAUCAGAUGCUCUCCUCCCGACAGCAUAUCACCCGGAAGUGUGAUAUACAGCUGAGAAAACCUGUGCUCAAGGACAAAUGGGUCCUGGAACAUGAUGGUGUUUUAUUAGGGAACCUCAUCGGACGGGGUAACUUUGGUGAGGUGUACAGUGGGACUCUGCGCAGUGACAGCACCCCUGUGGCAGUAAAGACUUGCAAGGAGAACCUGGCACCAGAACACAAGAAUAAAUUCCUGAUGGAGGCCAGGAUCCUAAAGCAGUACGACCAUCCCAACAUUGUGAAACUGAUCGGCGUGUGCACUCAGAAACAGCCCAUUUACAUUAUAAUGGAGCUUGUCAAAGGUGGAGAUUUCCUGUCCUUCUUGCGUCAGGAUGGCCCAAGUCAACCCAUUAAGAUGCUCAUCAGAAUGACAGAAAAUGUUGCAGCCGGCAUGGAGUACCUGGAGAAAAGGAAAUGCAUUCACAGAGAUCUGGCAGCCCGAAACUGUCUGGUGACGGAGCAGCACGUCGUCAAGAUCAGUGAUUUUGGAAUGUCGCGGCAGCGGGACGACGGCAUCUACUCAGCGGAGGGCGGCCUCAGACAGAUUCCAAUCAAAUGGACGGCUCCCGAAGCACUGAACUACGGUCGUUAUACCACAGAGAGUGACGUGUGGAGCUUUGGUGUGCUGCUGUGGGAGGUCUUCUCCAUGGGAACGAUCCCUUACACCAGCAUGAGCAACCAACAGGUCAGAGUUGAAGUGGAGAAAGGCUACCGUAUGCCGGCUCCACAUGAUUGCCCGCUGGAAGUGUCCAAUCUUAUGAAUUGCUGCUGGCAGCAUGAGCCCCAAAAUAGACCAUCUUUUCAAAAACUAAGGGCAGAUCUAAUUGACAUCUGGAAGAAUAAGGCAUAAAACAAAUUGAGUCUUUGCCUGUUGUGUGUCUCAGUAAAAACAAACAAAUGGCAGCAGCCCCAAAACCAUACCUUGAAAUAAUACUCAAACAAAAUUAAAUCGUUUUUUUUUUUUAAAUGACAUUAAGAUUUUUAUACACGUGCAAUGUAGAACCAUUGAUGAGCUGAUGAGUUUUUUUCUUGAUAUCAGGCAGAAAUGAGUAGUUUCCUCAAAAAAGAAAAUACUAAAACAGAACCAGUGAACAGUUGCUUCACAAUUUAUUGCAAACAGUGUUGCCACAGUUAACUUGAAAUAGCAACUUAGUUACUUUACUGAUUACUUUUUUUAUAAAAGUAACUUCGGACUUGUCUUUAAAAAUGGCCAAGUUAGAUUACAAGUUACUUUGUUACGUUUAGCAGACGUGACAAUUCCGCCCAACAUAAAAGUGGCAAUUGUAUUGAGUGGUUGUUGUUUUAAGGAUGUUUUUAUUUAAAAAUAAAAUCAAAACAAUCUUGACUAUUCAAUAAUUAUUAUAUUUAAAAAAGAGUCAUAUAUAUUUAGACAUACAUGGUAAAACCUAUCAUUUAUAAUUGUGUCUUAAAUAAAUGGACUUUACCCUGAUGCAUUGUCGAGGUGCAGCAAGGGCAAACCAGAAGAUUUGAAUUCUUGAUGUUUUCUGUUGGAGUGAAUAAAUCCUGAAAAGCAGUACAUUGAAACAUC